GCUUCAGAUUCAUACAUUUAAUGCAGACAUUGGUUCAAAGCUGGUGGCGACCCAUCAGACCUUGAGUCAGACUUUGACUUCCAUACGAAACUUGUGUCUUCCAUGAGGGAUCAAGCAUCUCCACGGUAACCCGGGACAUCUAAUGUCGCUCGCCGACAAACCAAGUCAAGUUGGUGACCGUCUCGAAGUUCUUAUCACAAUCGGCAUCGCAUAGCUGUUGCGCUUUGUCCCAGUGACCAUGCACAGACAGCUCCGCAGAGAUUCGUGUCAUCCCUGUGAAGCCGACGCGACUCGCAGAAACCUUGAUGCCUCCAAUCAGAACGUGAAGCACGAGAGUGGACGCCUGAGGGACCCAAGUCUGGAGGCUGCCGAAAAUUGGUUUGGCAAAUUCAUCCGAAGUGGCGAUUGGAUACAUAAUGCGCCUACGACCGCUCGAAGCUUUCAUUUGAAGACUAAGCGGAUAGACUCGUUCACCGCAAGUCCCUCCAUCAAGAUACAUCUGAGACAGCGAUCGAGUCUUUUGAUUUCAAGUCAUUAUAGCCUGAGGCCAGGCUAAUCAUAAGGUCUAACAUCUUCACAGAGUCUUCAAUCGCGGGUCGGUAGGUCAAGGUAAUGAGGAAGAGCAGACCAAGAGCG